AUGAAUUCCAAAAAUAAAAACAACGAUAGUUCAAGUGAAGAUGAUGCUAAAGUUUAUGAGACACUAACAAAAUUGCCUCCCGCAAAUGAACUAAUGCCACGCAAAUUGACCAUCGAUAUUGAUGUGAAAUCUCUAUUUCCCUUAAAACCUUUGCCUUAAUUUAAUCAGAUUUAUUCCACAUUCAUUGAAGAAAUUUAGACUAUACAACAUCCUAUCGAAGCAUAGUAGCAGGAAGAGAGAACUUUGCUUGAAUAUUUCGAGGAGAAUAAAUAAAACUUGAUUUACAAACGAUUUGAUCAACUUGAUCUAUCCAAGCGGAAUCCUAACGAUAGAACUUAUUUUUCUACUCUAUUUGCUAAUUUCAAGAAAUAAUAUCCACGAGUAUAUUUUCGAGGGGAUCCACUCUUUGAUUAGAAGCUAAUACCAUGUCAAACAGAUUAAUUGAAGUUCGAUUCAAAUUUUGAAUCAGGAAAUUUAUUCUGUGCAUUCAAAAGAGCUGAUAAUGUCUAUGAUCUAAUACUCCAAAAUGAUAUUAAUACUCGAGGCAAUACACAAUGGUUUUUUUUUAGUGUAACUGGAGCUUAAGCAGGUCAAACUGUUUAAUUUAAUUUGCUUAAUCAUCUCAAAAGCAGCAGUUUAUUUAAUGAAGGAUUGCAACCAGCCAUCUAUUCAAUCAAAGAGAACGAAAUCAAUAAAAAAGAAUGGACUCGAGGUGGAUUCAACAUAAGUUAUUUCAAGAGUCCCUUUAUUAAAGAAUACCCUCAAACUAUGAAAGCUAAAUAUUACUAAUUGAGGUUCAGUUACACUUUUCAACACAAUAAUGACAAGGUCUAUUUUGCUCAUUCCUAUCCCUAUACCUACACUAAUCUAUUAGAAUUUUUGAAUUCCAUUCUAAUUAAUCCAGAAAAGAAUUAACACAUGUCUAGGAAAUCAUUAUGUACAACAUUGGGUGGGAAUACAUGCGAAGUAUUAACAAUAACAUCCAACUCUAUGUAACGCAGAGCCUACAGAAAAGGAGUAGUCUUUUUGGCCAGAUAACAUCCAGGAGAACCUUAGGGAUCAUAUGUGAUGCAGGGAAUUAUUGAGUAUCUAACAUCGAAUAAUCCCCAAGCAGAAUAUUUGAGAUAGAAUUGCAUCUUUAAAAUAUUUCCUAUGAUGAAUACUGAUGGAGUUGUCAAUGGGAAUUACAGAUGUGGUUUAGAAGGAAGUGAUUUCAAUAGGAGAUGGAAAAAGCCAAAUAAGUAUCUUCAUCCCACUGUCUAUUAUGCUAAGAAAUACAUUAAAGGAUUUAGCAAGGAAAGGCAAAUCAUUUUGGUUAUUGAUCUACAUGGACAUUCGAGAAAGCAAUCAUCUUUUGUAUAUGGAUGCGCUUACUCUUCUUAAGUUAAGACUAUAGAGAGAGUCUUCGCUUUGCUUAUGGCUAAAAUGAAUCCUUUUAUGGAUUACUCAUCAUGUACAUUUAGAGUUGAAAGCUCGAAGGAUAAGACUGCAAGAAUUCAAAUUUGGAGAGAAUUAAAAAUCAAUUGGGUUUACACUUAUGAAUGCAGUUUCUAUGGGUAAUAGAAGAAGCACUUCUAAAUCAAAGACUAUAUCAAUUGUGGGGUAAGCAUCUGUAAUUCAUUAUCUUAAAUUGUAAAAGAUACUUCUAAAGAAUUCACAAAUCAAGCCAACAUCCCAGAUAUCUAAUAAUAAAUGCUUGAGGAACUAGGCAAGAUGCCUUAAACUGAUGAUCAAGAUUAAGGCUCUGACACUAGUUAAUCUGAUGCAGAAUUAUCUGAUGAUGAAAUCAUACAAUUAUUUCAACCUAAAACUUAUUCCUUGAAACAGAAAAACUUCCUAAAAUAAUUAGACACCAAGAAGAAACAAAUUACUACCAAAUAAACUUUAGUCACUCAAAAAAAUAGCAUUUUAUAAGAAUCACCUUCAAAAAAUUAGCAAUAAUAGGAUAAACUUCCCUAAAGUAGUUAAAAACCAAAGAAUAUUGCCUAUAGAAUUCCACCUCAUGUGAAAUUAAGAUAAAUUGAACCCAUUAGAGAAUAGUAAUAGCCGAUUAUGGUUGAUAAAAGCUGUUAGACUGAUGAUUGGAUGUAUAGAUAAUGGUUGAUUUAAAUUGGAAAACAGAAGAAAUAGGAGGAAUACCAAAGUCAAACUCCUACGAAAAAUAUUUAUAAAUCCUCAUCCCAAUCAGCUACAAGAUUUAUUGUCAAAAACUCAUCAAAGCCCGAUAGAGGAAGAAUUGAUUCUAUUUCCUUAGUUAAUUCUGGAAUAUAAAAAACUGCAUUUAGUUAAUAAAGAUAGAUUAUGAGAUAUUCAGGAAGCAACUUUAUGUAUUGA